GUGGGGGGGGAGAUCGAGAACGGGGUGGGAGAGCCAGGCGCGGCGGGGUGAGUCCCAGUGCCCGGGCGGGGGCGAUGGAGGAGGCGCUGCUCUCCACCCCCAUCAACCCCAACAACUUCCCCGCCAAGCUGUGGCGGUUGGUGAACAGUCCCCGGUACCGCUCGAUCCGCUGGGACGGCCGCGGCGAGGGGCUGCUCAUCGACCAGCCGCUCUUCGAGGCGGAGCUGCUCAGCCCGCCCGGGGCAGGGGCCGGGGCCGGGGGCGGUGGCGGCGGCGGGGGCGGCGGCGGGGGCGGCGUGGGGGGCGCCGGGGCCGAGCCCGAGCUCUUCAAAACCACCAACUUCACCAGCUUCAUCCGCCAACUCAACCUCUACGGCUUCCGCAAGGUGGUGCUGGGCGGGCCGGGCGCGGCGGGGCCCGGGCCGGGGCCAGGGGGCGGCGGGCCGGCGGGCGACGGGCCGCUCCACCACUUCCACAGCCCGCACUUCCGCCGCGACCAGCCGCAGCUGCUCGUGCACCUCAAGAGGCUCACCAGCGCCAACAAGGCCAAGCUGGCGGCUGGCCUGGAGGUGCCCUGCCGGCCACCCAACCGCUUCCAGAGGCUCCUCAUCACGUCAGCCUCGGCCUCGGCCUCCGCCUCCACCUCGCCGCUGCAGCACCAGGAGCCGUCGCCGCCCACGGGGCCCCGGCCCGAGCCGCACGGACCAGUGGCUGUAGGACAAUUCCACCGGUCAUUCCGGCGAGAUAGUUUGUCUCCUUACUCCUACGUAUCGACUUCAUCCCACAACCACAGUACUUUCCCUCUGAAAGGUUUAGAUCGGACCCCGAUUCCUCCUAGAACAUGGCAGAACUCCCUUGGAAUGCACCCAGGACAAGUGGAAACAUCUCCCACUUUUUCAGAUAAAGGGGUUCCAUUUCCUGUACUGCAGCGGUUUCCAACCGAGGUUACCUAUACCCUGCAGCCAAGUGCCACAUCCGUACACGUUCAGCAAGGUCCUCAAACAAUGGUCAGCUCCUCCCAAAAAUACAGUAACUACACACCCUCAGCGCAGUACUCCCAAGCCUACUAUCCAACAGCUGUGCUACAGUGCUGCUCUCCUUCUGCCCAUAUGGACGCUCUAAGUAGUUGUGUCACUCCCACUGCCUCUUCCUAUGCACACUGCAACUACUUCCAGAAUCCUCCAAUGCAAUCCUCCUAUCCAGUUGAAUUUCUGCCUUCUAAUUGGCCUUGCAGUGCUACUGAUGAAAAUAAAAAGACAGAAGUAAACCUAGAAGCUGUUUUUCAGAUAGUAGAUGAGUUGCAUUCCUCUCCUAAAUUGGAGAUGGUGAAGGUGGAGCCUGUUGAGAAUCAGUGCCCAACAUCUCAGUCUAACAGAGGCCAACAUAUCCUAGCUAAUUCAAACAACAGCAAUGCAUCUUCCACAAGUCAGGCUAGCCAGCUGGAGCCACUUACUCCUGUAGGCUCAGAUAUUACAUCUUUUGUGGUUGGAACAGAGCAAGCAAUUACCUGCUCUCUACCACAGUCACCUGAGUACGUCUAUACCAUCCACACAGCUCAGCCUGUUGAAAAUACGACAAUGCAGGAACCUGCAGCCAUCCAACAAGCUCAUGUCAAACUGAAGGAGCAGCUAAGUCAUAAUCCAUCUCCAUCUUCAGUAGUGUUUGUGCAGGAAGGGCUACCAUUCAGCACACACCAGGUGGAUGCCAGUAUAAAAUGCCAGACCAAUCCACCUGAGAAUAUCUUGCCUUCAGAACAGAUGGGAUUCCUUAUUUCAGAAAUGGGGCCUGCUAGCAAGCCAAGUAAAGACGCAGGUUUAUCUACUCCAGCCAGAUACAGAGAGCGAAGAAGCAACUCACAGCAAGGAAAGUCCCCUGAUCUUCAUCUGCUGGUGGAUGUGGCCUGCAAGCAGGAGCACUUUCCAAAGGAGGAAGAAUUAAAAGAGUGAGGAACGGAUGAUAAAUGUGACAUUGUGCACUAGCUGUAGCUGGAGGCAGACUAGCCUUGCACAUGACACACUGUUGGGAUUUUUUUCAGUUCUGUUAAGGAAAAAAAAAAGUAUUUUUGUUUUGUUAAUUGAGAAUUUUGUUAAUUGAGAAUUGGAACUUUGGUAUUUACUACUGCUGUUUCAGAUUAUUUACCUUGACAAACUACUAAACAUCAAGCAGCCUUUUUUUUUUUUUUCUUUUUGCUGCCCAGAUCCCUUUCAAAUGAAAAGUCCUGGCCUUCUAUUACAGUCCAGAAGCAUCUAAAAGCUGCCGCAUCUGUGUGCUGGAGAAUCAUCUGUGUGUGUGCUGCUUUGCUAUCUUGCCGCUCUCAAACUGUAGUCAGCACAACGCCAGUGGGGAGCUCAGUCUAUCUGUUUCAAGUCACAGUGUGAUCCUUCUAGAGAAGAUUGUGUGAGAAACAAAGGCAUGUGAGGUCACCAAGAUCACAGGUCUAAAUGGGUCAGGAAUUCCAGGGAAGACACUCUGAGAAAGAGCUAAUUUUCUAAGUGAUUAACCAGGAAAUGCUCUUACUUCCUAACCCAGCAUUCUGUUUCAAAAGCAAGGCAUCCCGACUUGGACCAUCCAUCACACUUAACAGCCCCUGAUUCUUUUAUAUUAAUGGGAGCAUUCUUCUAUUUUCAUAUCUUUCUUUAAUUUUAAUGAUACAUUAUCAUAAAUGGUAAGAAGGUUUUGUUGUAUAUCACUUAUUUAAGUGUCUUCUAAAGAAAAGUAUUUGUUUAUUAUAUUUAUAAAUGCUGGUAGAUUUAAAAGUUUUAAAGCUUUGUAUUUUUAUUAAUAUUGCAGGAUAGAAGGAUAAAGGAUGCAUGUGUAAGAUAUUUAAUUUGAAGGGGAAAUGUGUGAACAAAAACAGUAAGAGAUUUAACACUGUUUUUUUGCAUUAGCUUUUUAUAUUAAGUACAUAUAAAUUCUCAUCUAUAUGAGAUAUUGCAUGCAAAUUUUGGGAAAAACUGAUUAGUAGUCAUUUAACAGAAACUGUAUACCUCUGACAUUCUUAAUACUUUAUGUCUGGUUUAAGCUUCUGAGAGAAUUUUAGAUAGUGGGAUAGACCAUAACAUUUUUAUUUUAUCCCCUCUGUAGGAUUCUAAAUUCAAAUAGUAGGACUGUGGGACCGGUUUUUAGGAGAGGUAUCUUGGGUGUCCACUUUCUGUGGUUGAUCCCUCACUUGCUCAUCCAAUGACAGCAAGAAAUUUUCUGAUUUUAAAGUCUUUUUAAACUGGCUAGAACUUCCUUAUUGGAUUCUGUUUCAGUUGUCCUAAUAAGAAUUGCAGGAACAAAAGGAAAGCCUAGGAAUAUGAAACUAAUUAAAAAGAAAAGGCACUUAGUGAUAUGACAUAAAUACUAUGCUACUCUUCGUGGGUGUAACAAUUCAUUUCUUAAAUUGCAUUGCACCUUCUCAAUGACGUCAAACCAUAGAAAUGUUA